AUGAAUAUAGAGACUCAACAAGCCCCACACGGUCCUUCACAACCCCAUCACGGAGUUAUGGGCCCCUAUGGUACUACACCAAUGGCUGGUAAUGGACAGCUUCCUAAGGCUAAUGACAAGGAAUUAUUAAAUCUCUAUAUCUAUGAUUAUUUGGUCAAGCACAAUUUGGUAGAAUCAGCUCGUUCGUUUAACCGUGAAGCCGAAUUCGGUAGAUCGAACGGAUCACGUACCUCGACGCCAAAUACCAAUGACCGAAUGAAUGGUCUUGGAGAAAGGUCACCCUCAAUGGGCCAACGAAACGAUUCGGAUUUGAAGGGAAAUCCUGACGGUAAGUUUCUUAGCAAGACACGUUUAGGAUUUUAA